ACUUCCCAGCAGGCCGCGCGACCGGAGCGGCGGCAAGAUGGCGGCGCCGGCGCUGCUGCUCCUGCUGUUCCUGCGGCUGCUCGGACCCGGGCCCGCGGCGGCCCACGGCGGCAAGUACUCGCGGGAGAAGAACGAGCCCGCGCCCGCCGUGGAGUUCCGCAUGGAGAAGCUGAGCCAGCUGUGGGAGAAGGCGCAGCGGCUGCAGCUGCCGUCUGCAAGGCUGUGGGAGCUCCACGCCGACCUGAAGCUGCAGGAGCGCGACGAGUUCCGCGGCAAGAGGCUCCAGGCGGAGGGCCGUGACCUGGACGGACAGGAGGAGGCCAGGCUCAGCCGCCAGCUCCACGUUUUGGUGGCCAAGUACGGGCUAGACGGCCGGAAAGAUGCCGGUGGGGAGAGCAGCAAUGCCAUUGAUGACACCUCCCUGGACACCGACCUGGAGGACCCUCGUCUGGAGAAGCUGUGGCACAAGGCGAAGACGUCAGGCAAGUUCUCGAGCGAGGAGCUGGCCAGGCUGUGGCGGGAGUUCGUGCACCACAGGGACAAGGCCCGCGAGUACAGCGCUCUGCUGGACGCACUGAGCAGGACAGAAGAAAUGCACGAGAACCUGGUCGGCCCGCUGGACGGUGGGCUGCCGGAGGAGGAGGCGCUGAGGAGCCGCCACGCCGACCUCAAGGACCGUCUGCGCUCCCUGAACCAGGGCUUCGACCGGUUGCACAAAGUCAGCCACCAGGGCUACGGCGCCCAGCCCGACGAGUUUGAGGAGCCCCGUGUCCUGGAGCUGUGGGAGAUGGCCCAGGCUGCCAACUUCACCCCGAAGGAGCUGGAGGCGUUCCGGGAGGAGUUGAGGCACUUCGAGGCCAGGGUGGACAAGCACAGCCACUACCAGAAGCAGCUGCAGCUGUCGCUGGAGAAGCUGCAGCACGCAGAGGGGCUGGGGGACCGCGGGCACGUCAGCCGCAGCCGGGAGCGCCACGCCCAGCUGCAGGAGAAGACCAGGGAGCUGGGCUACAAGGUGAAGAAACACCUGCAGGACCUAUCGGGACGCGUCUCCCGGACGCGCCACCAGGAGCUCUGAGCCGGCGGACCCCGCCGGAACCCUGCACGGAGGCCGCGCCUCUGCCGGUCAGCAGCCUGAGCCCGCCGGCCCUGUGGACUCGAGCGGGGCCCCCGGCACCCAGCGUCCCUGUCGGCCACGCCCCGUGCGCAGGGCCCCCAAUACACCCAGGCUCGGCGCCCGUCGCG